GGAGCGCUGAGCGGAAGCGGCCUCCCCCUCCCCGAGGUCAGGGGUGCCUUAGCCGCUGGGGAGCGGGACCGCAGCCUCUGCAGCUGGGUUUCCCACUCUGACAGGCGCCAUUUUGCCGCCCAGAGGGCUCCUUCCUCCUCUCUUCCCCCCUCCUCUUCCCCUCUGACACUACUUCCGGUGGUGACGUGUAUUCGCUUCUGCCGGACCAAUGUUCCCUCCACUUGCUCUAUGGGGUGGGGUGAGGAAGGUGGAGUGUGCUCCGAACAAGGCCGCAGUACCACGCAUGCGUGGAAAGUGGCGACGCGGGCCCCGCCCCAGCGGCGUGGGCGGGGCGGAGGGCGGUCCUCUGCCUCCUGAGCUCUGAUGGUCCGAGUGGCUCGCGCGGCCUCCGCCCGCUCCCGCGACACCCAACGGUUCUUCCCGCCCCAGGCGCGGAGAAAAUGUCGACUGGGCUGUAGUCCCUUCGUCUGUGUGCCAGGGCUUGGGAGGAGGCCUUCCGCGUGAGCUCUCCUGAGAAUAUGGAGCAUAAUCACCUCUCAUUCCAGACUGUCGGUUCAUAAUGGUGGGCGGAAUCGUGAAUGCCCAGUGUCUGUCACCCCCACGGGGCGGGGCAGCUCUCCGUGACGCAAUCAGAGAGCGCCCGCGCAGUGGCGGGACGCGAGCCGAAGAUGUUGGAGUCUCUGUUGGCCCUUGGUGGCCUGGUGCUACUUCGGGACUGCGUAGAGUGGGAGGGGCGCAGUUUCUUGAAGGCUCUUAUCAAGAAAUCUGCACUCAGUGGGGAGCAAGUCCACAUCCUGGGCUGUGAAGUGAGCGAGCAAGAGUUUCGUGAAGGUUUUGACUCGGAUGUCAACAGCCGGCUGAUUUACCAUGACCUCUUCAGAGACCCUCUCAACUGGUCCAAGACUGGGAAGGCCCUUCCUGGGGGGCCCCUGGGAGUCUUGAGAGCCAUGGGCAGGAAGACGGGUCCUGGUCAUGUCACCAUUGCUGUCGAUUCGCUCAGCUGGCUGCUGCUUCACCUUCCCUGCACCACCCUCUGCCAGACCCUGUGUGCUCUGAGCCACUGGGACUCCUGCCCUGGUGGCAGCCCCCCAGUGGAUCAAGUGCGGGUGCUGGGCCUGCUACAUGAAGAGCUUCAUGGCCCAGGCCCAGUGGGUGCAUUGAGCAGCCUUGCUCAGGCAGAGGUGACCCUGGGUGGCAUGCUGGGCCGGACCUCCGCCCACAUCCUCUAUCGGAGACCCCAGCAGCGCCCAACCCACCAGACCCAGUGGUUUUCUAUCCUGCCUGACUUCAGCCUGGAUCUCCAAGGGGAGCCUCCCCUAGAGUCUGAGCCCCACCCAGAUCCUCACACAUCCCCGGUGGACCCUACGACUCAUUUGACCUUUAACCUUCGCCUGUCCAAGAAAGAAAGAGAAGCCAGAGAUAGGCUGACCUUGCCGUUCCAGUUCAGCUCUGAAAAGUAAGACAGCAGGCUCUGCUGUGCCCCGGGCCAAAGCAAGCUACCAGCCGUAUCUUCUACGAGCCAGAUGCUUACGAUGACCUGGACCAAGAAGACCCAGAUGAUGACCUAGAUAUUUGACUGGCCAAGAGUCUUGGCUAGACUGUGACUGGAGGGGUGGGGGUGGGGAAAUUGGGCCUAGGAGCAUCCUUCUGCCAUUUGUGUUGGCCUGUGCCUGUCCCUGCCCCCUGCCUGUCCCUGCCCCCUGCUUUGUGCCCUUUGUCUAUGGAGGCCCUCCCCUGUGACUUCUGGGCCAGGGAGCAGCGGCUGAUCAGGACAGAAAGUGAGAUAAGGGCAUAGGAGGAGGUGAGCAAAUAGGGCUCCCCCCAUGCCUAAUAAAAAUCUUUAUUUUUUUAACAAAAAAAAAGA